CUAACCUUAUUUGCUCCUCCAUUUCAACAUGAAGACCUUAAACCCUUCGGUGGAAAUUUUCUUUUUUCCCUACGUAGGGGGAGGCCAUCAAAUCCCAAUGAUAGACGCAGCAAGAAUGUUUGCAUCUCACGGAGCCUCAUCAACCAUUAUAGCCACACCGUCGACCACCCCUCACUUUCAAAAAUCCAUCACGCGCGACCAGAAAUUCGGUCUUCCCAUCUCCAUUCACACUCUCUCCGCCGAUGUACCACAGUCAGACAUCUCUGUCGGUCCCUUCCUGGACACCUCUGCCCUCCUCGAACCACUACGCCAGCUCCUCCUCCAACGCCGCCCGCAUUGCAUCGUCGUCGACAUGUUCCAUAGCUGGGCCGGCGACGUCGUUUACGAGCUCGGAAUCCCCAGGAUCCUCUUCAACGGCAUCGGAUGCUUUGCUCUCUGCGUCCAGGAGAACUUAAGACAUGUCGCUUUUGAGAGUGUGAAUUCAGACUCGGAGCCUUUCCUCGUUCCUAAUAUUCCCGACAGAAUCGAAAUGACGAUGUCUCAGCUUCCUCCUUUUCUGAGAAACCCGUCUGAGAUUCCUGAAAGGGUGAGGGGCAUGAAGCGAUUAGAGGAGAAGAGUUUCGGCACUCUUAUCAACAGUUUCUACGACUUGGAACCAGCUUAUGCUGAUCUAAUAAAAAGCAAGUGGGGAAAUAAAGCAUGGAUUGUAGGACCAGUGUCCUUUUGCAACAGAACCAAAGAGGAUAAAACCGAAAGAGGGAAGCCACCCACUGUCGACGAACAAAAUUGUCUGAAUUGGUUAAACUCUAAGAAACCCAGUUCUGUUCUUUACGCCAGCUUUGGAAGCCUGGCUCGGUUGCCCCCUGAGCAACUGAAGGAGAUUGCUUACGGCCUGGAAGCCUCUGAGCAAUCGUUCAUUUGGGUGGUGGGGAACAUUCUCCACAACCCAUCAGAAAACAAAGAAAAUGGGAGUGGGAACUGGCUUCCGGAAGGGUUCGAGCAGAGGAUGAAGGAAACGGGUAAGGGAUUGGUGCUUAGAGGGUGGGCUCCGCAGUUGUUGAUUCUGGAGCACGCUGCGAUCAAAGGGUUUAUGACUCAUUGCGGAUGGAACUCGACUCUGGAAGGUGUGAGUGCGGGAGUGCCCAUGAUCACGUGGCCUCUGACGGCUGAGCAAUUUUCGAAUGAGAAGUUGAUAACGGAGGUUCUGAAGAUUGGUGUCCAAGUGGGGAACAGGGAGUGGUGGCCGUGGAAUGCAGAAUGGAAAGGGUUAGUGGGAAGAGAGAAGGUGGAGGUGGCAGUGAGGAAGCUGAUGGUGGAGAGCUUAGAGGCAGACGAAAUGAGAAGGCGAGCGAAAGACUUUGCAGGAAAAGCUGCAAGAGCUGUGGAAGAAGGUGGAACUUCUUACGCCGAUGUUGAGGCCUUAAUUCAGGAGCUUCAAGCUCGCAUAUGCGCAAACCAGGACUAAAAUUUUGAAGUAUACGCAUAAGAAUACGAGAAAAAGAGCUUUGUUACUUUCUUGCAUGACUUGAAUUCCAAUGUUAUAUGCCUAGAUUAGAUCUAUGCAUUCCUAAGGCCACAUUUAAUGUCUUUUUUAUCUAUUAGGUCUCUUGUUUUCAACUCCCACUGUCCAUUGAUGGAUACUUAUAUAGUCAUUGCUUGCUUUUAUGACA